AGGAAAAAACUAUACAUCAGGAAGGAAAAGCAAGCAACAUGUUUUCUAUUAAGACAAUCCUCGCACUUGUCCCCAUCGUGGCCACCUCCAUCGCCAGCACAAUCCCCAUCAAGCGCGAAAGCUGCCAGUACACCUGCGGUAGUACUUGCUACUGGUCCAGCGACAUCAGUGACGCCCAGAAAAAGGGCUACUCGCUUUACAAAUCCGGCGAUACCUUGCACAACUACCCACACGAAUACCACGAUUAUGAGGGCUUUGAAUUUCCUGUGUCGGGUACAUACUACGAGUAUCCCAUUCUGAGCUCCUUCAAAGUUUACACUGGAGGAUCGCCUGGUGCGGAUCGGGUUAUUUUCAAUGAGGACGAUGAGUUGGCUGGAUUAAUUACGCAUAAUGGAGCCAGUGGUAAUAAUUUCGUGGCAUGCAAGUCCAGCUAGAUUGUUUGGAUCAAUUUGAUAUUUGUACAUCCUAAACAAUAGUAAUUGUAGAUCUCGCAGUAGCCUGCAUAGUGCCCUCAAUCUCGGGUACUGAGAAAUAUACCUGACCCAGUUGCUCGUGAGCACCUGGGACUCGCCAUGAACGUCCUAGAACAAGGCCUGUC